AUGGCUUCCUCGAUUUAUAUCGACGAGGAUGUCGGGCGCGACGAUGACUCCGCCGUCGGGACUGAAACAGCCCCAUACAAGACUCUUCUCCACGCCAUGAUCAGACACCCUCCUGAGAGCGCCACGUAUCAAAUCCGCAAAUCCGUCACUGGUCCCCUCGAUGCCGAUGGAAACCCGGAUGGCCGUCUCGAAUGGAAAGCGCCCUCUAAAUCUGCCACAAAGAAAGCCACCAACUUGUAUGAGCAACAUAAGAAAAAGCAAGCCAAAGCAUCCGAACUGGCCAUCCGCGAGAACGCUGAAGCAGUCAGACGGCAACAAGUCCUGGAAGACGCCAAGAAGAUCACCCUCGAAGAAGAUGCCAGUCUUCCCGCACCCGUCAGGGUCCGACUCGAUGAGACCGACCCAGCGAAAAUCAAGUUGGGCACAUCGGACAGUCCGGGCACGCGUGUCCGUGUGCUUGGGAGAGUCCACCACCUACGCUCUCAGAAGGACAUCAUUUUUGUGACUCUCAAAGACGGCUAUGGUCUUAUGCAAUGCGUGUUUAGCGGCAAGCUGAUCAAAACCUAUGCAGCCCUGACCCUGACCCUGGAAACCUCACUCGCCAUUCACGGCGAGCUCAGAGCUCUGCCCCCUAAAGCCCAUGCGCCUCUCGACCGCGAACUGCACGCUGACUACUUCACUGUUAUCGGAGCUGCUGUCGGCGACAAGGAUGCCAUAACCAACAAAGUUCAACAGGACGGCGACGCGCAGACCCUGCUGGACAACCGCCACCUGGUCCUCCGAGGCGACAAUGCAUCCGCCGUCAUGAAAGUCCGCGCGGCCGUGACACGAGCGUUCCGCCAGACCUACGUAGAAACACGACUUACAGAAGUCACACCGCCCGCCAUGGUGCAGACGCAGGUCGAAGGCGGCGCCACACUGUUCGAAUUCAACUACUACGGCGAAAAGGCCUACUUGACGCAAUCUUCGCAGUUGUACCUUGAAACGUGCCUCCCCUCUCUGGGCGACGUCUUCUGCAUCUGCCCAUCCUUCCGUGCCGAAAAAUCCCUGACCCGACGCCAUCUGUCCGAGUACACACACAUCGAAGCCGAACUAGACUUCAUCACCUUCGACGACCUCCUCGCACACCUCGAGCACGUCAUCUGCCGAGUCAUUGAACUUACACUCGCCGACCCUGUCAUUGCGGGCUAUGUAAAGGAACUCAACCCUAAAUUUACUCCUCCCACCCGCCCCUUCCGCCGCAUGAAGUAUGCCGAGGCUAUUGAAUGGCUGAUCGAGCACAACAUCCCCAACGAAGAAGGUCAGCCGCACAAGUUUGGCGACGAUAUUGCCGAAGCCGCGGAACGCAAGAUGACCGACGAGCUCAACGUGCCUAUUUUCCUCACCCACUUCCCCGUCGAGAUCAAAGCUUUCUACAUGAAGAAGGACGACAGCGACAAGCGGGUCACAGAGAGUGUGGACGCGCUCAUGCCCGGAGUUGGUGAGAUAGUGGGUGGGAGUAUGCGUAUGGAUGAUUACGAGGAGCUCAUGGCUGCGUACAAGCGUGAGGGAAUCGAUCCGGCCCCUUACUACUGGUAUACAGACCAAAGACGGUAUGGCACCUCCCCUCACGGCGGCUAUGGGCUGGGUCUCGAACGCUUUCUCGCUUGGAUGUGCGGCCGAUGGACAGUGAGGGAGUGCGCACUCUACCCACGCUUCGCCUACAGAUGCACCCCUUGA